GCGUCCAUCGACGCAACCAACAGCGAGAAGAACUGCUUCUUCCUGGGAGCUUUUGCCCACAAUCUGCAGCCGAUUGCCUUGGUCGGUACCGACUUGUAUCUCAUGCGGGCCCUGGUCGCAGUUGGCACGCUGCUAUCUUGGCGAAGCAGCCACAAUCCGAACGACGUGCUCGAGAAGGAUAAGGAUGACCAGCGAAUGCUGGACAUCCGGCGGGAGAAGACGUAUGAUGCCCGGUCGUGGAACUUGGCCCUUCUGAACGUGCAGGCCCUGCAGGCCAGAUGUGCAUUUGCUUUUGCCUGUCAUCGUAUUUGCUUCAUGAAUACCGCAAAUACGGAUUGUUGCGGUGCAAAUGAUAAAGCCGAAGUCCGCGGUUUGUGUGUUCCAUAA